AGAGGCGGGACCUCGGUUUAGGUCGCUUGCUGUUCGUUGUUCAUUCAACAUGGCAGCGGGACCAAUUUCAGAAAGAAACCAAGAUGCCACUGUGUAUGUUGGUGGCUUGGAUGAGAAAGUGUCAGAGCCACUACUAUGGGAGCUCUUCCUGCAGGCCGGUCCUGUUGUCAACACACACAUGCCAAAAGACAGGGUCACUGGCCAACAUCAAGGUUAUGGCUUUGUGGAGUUCCUUAGUGAAGAGGAUGCUGACUACGCCAUAAAGAUUAUGAAUAUGAUAAAGCUCUAUGGCAAACCAAUUCGAGUCAAUAAGGCCUCUGCACACAACAAAAACCUUGAUGUUGGCGCCAACAUCUUCAUCGGGAAUCUUGACCCGGAGAUUGAUGAGAAACUGCUCUAUGACACGUUCAGCGCCUUCGGUGUGAUCCUCCAGACACCAAAGAUCAUGCGAGACCCAGACACUGGCAACUCCAAGGGUUACGCGUUCAUCAAUUUUGCUAGUUUUGACGCAUCCGAUGCCGCCAUUGAAGCCAUGAACGGCCAGUACCUCUGCAACAGACCCAUCACGGUGUCCUACGCCUUCAAGAAGGAUUCUAAAGGAGAGCGACAUGGCUCAGCUGCAGAGCGACUCCUGGCUGCACAGAACCCUCUCUCCCAGGCCGACAGACCACAUCAGCUGUUUGCAGACGCUCCGCCACCGCCGAGUGCUCCGACACCUGUCCUAACGGCUCUGGGAAGUGGGAUGCCAAUGCCGGGCAUGCCGCCCCCUGGUUUCCCUAACGUUCCUCCUCCUGGGUCCAUGCCUCCUUCCAUGCCCCCUUCAAUGUCCAUGCCUCCAAAUGCAGGGGCACCGGGUAUGCAACCUGGUGGUGGGCCUCCACCCGGACCACCACCCUUUCCUGGCAGCAUGCAUCCAGGAAUGCCUCAGAUGCCUAUGCCCCCUCCUGCUCCUCCUGGCAUGGUGCCUCCACCUCCUGCCCCUCCAGGAUCAAAUCAAUCACGGGCACCGCCACCCCCUGGGAUGCCCCCACCCCCACCUAUGGGCAUGCCACCCAGAGCACCAUAUGGACCUCCCAUGGGUCCACCUGUGCCACCAGGUAUGAGAGGGCCCCCUCCCCCCAUGCCUCCACCUGGCUACGGCGCUGGUCCUCCUCGUCCUCCUUUUGGUUUCCAGCGAGGACCUCCUAUGCCUCCAAGGCCCCCCGGCGUCCCUCCACGUGUUCCUAUGAGAGCACCAAUGCCCCCAUAAUCCACCUCAGACUGCAGCUUAGCUCUUUUUUAAUAUGUUAAAAUCUACUCAAGUUUGUAAUAGUGAGAAUAAUUUAACUGCCGUUUGUACCUCUUUUUUUUUUGUCACUGUACAGAUGAAGACAAAUAAAGUUUUUAGUACAAUUUU